GAAAGGGAAAGAAGCACGCGCUCCUGAAGAGAGAAAGAGCGCGCGCGGGCGCGCGUCCAUUUCUUCCCCCUCCCCCUCCCGGCCCGCUGCCUCACGUGGCCACGCCGGCGGGGCGCAUGCGCUCGGCGGCGGCAACGGAGGCGGUUUGUUGUGGUCGCCAUUUUUUGUUGCAUUACUGGGAAAUCCCGGCGCCGGAGCAGCCGCCGGAGUACGCCCCUUGCGCUGGGGGUGGGGGCGCAACCCGCCCGCCUGCCGCGCCCCGCCCCCAGCGCGCUUCUCCUCCUCAGCCCCAGCUUUGAAACACGCCGCGGGCCGCAGCCGCCUCCUCAGGUAAGAGACCCGCCCGCCUGCCUGCCGCUCCCCAUCCGACCGCCCUCCGGGCCCUUCCCAGGGAGAGGAAGGAGAGAGGAGGGGAGGGAGGGACGGAGGGGAGGGAGAGAAAGGCGGGCGCCGUCGCGCCUUCCUCUUCCUCCCCAACCCCCCCUCCCCCAACCGCCACCCGUCCAAUCCUUCCCGCCUUUCUCCUCAGCUCAUCCCGGCUGCGGCGGGCAGAUUCUCCCAGGGAGCCGGACUCUCUCCCUCUCUCGUCAGGCCCCGCCCCUGGCCGGCUCUUCCCCGGCUUCGCCUCGCCUCGGGCGGGACCCCGCUCGUCCUCCCGGCCGGGCCGCCCCGCCCCGUCCUCAUCCCCUCCCCGCCGCCCGACCCCACCCUGAUUCUCCGCCGCCGCCGCCUUUUCUCCCACUUCCUUCCCCCAAAACUUCUGCCCUCCGCAGCGCAGCCGCCCGUUUCUGCCUUCUCCUCCCCGAUAGGCCCGGCCUUCCUUACUGAGUCCCCACAUCCUCCUCCUCCUCUGAUCGUUGCUGCUGCUGCUGGUGGUGCAUGGAUGGACAAGACCCAUCUUUUUUCUCCCCCCCCCUUUCCCUUCGUCUUUCUUUCUUGCAGCCGUGUUAGUCUUUAUUACAUUAAGCACCACCACACACUGUUUCCAGGCUUGUGGCGCCUUUUCAGUGUAUUAUUUUACUUCGUCGGAGGGCUCAAAAAAAAAAAAAAAGAUUUCUGUGGCAAUCUAAUAGCGAUAUCAAAUGCUCAUUAUUGUGAUAGCAAUAUAACGAUAUCAGAUAUUCGACUGAUAUUAAAUAUUAAAACCACUGAAGCUUAGGCUCCAGUAAAUCCAGUAGUCUUUAAGGUGCUCUCCUCGCCCCCCACCCCAAAUCUCUUGGGCAUUUGUGAUGUGCAAAUGCCUCUGGAUGAGAAAAUCACUGAGUUCUGCUAACCACAAACAUAUAUGUGUAUUGAAUGGGUGGGUUUUUUUAAAAAAAAUAUCUAGAUGAAAUUAAUAUAUACACGUACAAGGUGGUUAAAAUGAUGAGCCCUUUUAACUUCAGGUGAGCUAGGAUUACCAUAAAUUAGUAAAGUAGGUAAAUGUUGCUCCACUGUGCACCAUGAUCGAUAUGGGGCUUCUUGCAUCAAGAUACCUGUUGGGUAAAGCUCAGCCUUAAAAAUUAAGAGAGUUUACUCCAUUGGCUUAAAUGAGAUGUGGGUUGAUCCCUUUGGGGAUUUUACUCCUUCCAGGAAGUGAAUUUAUGUUUAUAUUUUUGUUGUAUUUUUGGAUAGCCCCAUAAACAUGGAUAUCUCCCCCUGCCCACAAUCAUGCUGUGAGCAUUUCAACUAUUGUGGUGAAAUAGUACACUUGAGUUGUCUUCCUUUCUCUGGAGAAAGUUGCCUAGAAUACACAACCUUCAUAAACUGCCCUCAUCAUAAUGUGUCCUAUGUUCUCAAUCUUCCCCUCCCAGGUGAGGAUAAAUCAGUACAUGGUAUUUGUAACCUUUGGCUCAGCACUAAUUAUUAUAGUGUGUCACUUAUAUCUUUUAUUUAUUUAUUUUUUAAAAAUCUUAUCUCUCUCCCCCUCCCUGCCGCAGUUUCUUAUGCUAAUACCAUAAAUGCCAUCAUGCAUAAUUUCAGUAAUAUGUUGCAAUGAUAUCAUUUGCAGCAGCUAUGAAUGGUAAGAGCAGGUAGUGGAAAAGAGAUUUAAGUUGACAAUACAGAUAACCUGUAGAACCCUUGCUCCAGGAUGUUGCUGACGCCAGGUAUUUAAUACUAUCUAUAAAGAAAUAAUCAGCGCAAUCAUAUUAAUGUUUGCUCUGAAAUAAGUGCUGUUAUGUGUAGUAAGGUUGCUCCCUAACUGCAAUGAGCACAAACCAUUGAACACAGGGGGACUUAUUUGUAACAUAUAUAGGAUUGUGCUGUAGAAGUUUUGCAAAUAAAACUGAUGGGAUAUAAUUGUUUUCCAUAUACGUACCUACACCUUGUGAUGGAAUUUAUUUAAUUCUGUAAUCUGGAUGGUAGUUGUUUUUACCAGUGCUGUCUUUAUGACCUCAAUGCUUUAUGACCCCAUGUGCCAGCUUACUUGGGUCCAGCUAAUCACAACUUUGUGUAAAUUGAGAUUUCCUUUGGUUUCCUGGAGCAGUUCUGCCUAUGCAUAUUUGUGGUACCUGUUGCUAUUUACAAAUGAGGUCGUUCUUAGAAACAAAUACAGAAAAUAUUUAAUCUGCUUAUCAGCAGUUGGUUUCUGAAAACCCCUGUAUUGGUUCAUAGAACUUUAGUAGCAGGCCCAGAUUUCUGUAGGUUCAGAAAUUGUUCGUAGUUGUUGAUGUGGAUGUCAGGUUAGAUAUCUUGCAUCUCUAACUGUGCCUGAGUUGAACCUGUAAGUAAGGUUGAGAUAUGAAUUUGUGGCAUCUGUACAGCACUGGCAAUUAUUUGUUAGCCCCUGAUUUUGAAUAAUAGGUUUUCUUGUUCUCAGACUCACACUGCUGCAGUAAUGUGGGGACAUGUACUAUCUCAGGUGUAAUCGUAGCAUAUUAACUCAUUUAUGAGUGAGUACAACUUUUAAGAAACUAAGACUGUUGGAUGAACUUUAUGCAUUUUUUCUGCAUGGUCACUAGUAGGCAACAUUUGUGCAGUAUUUAAGUUCAGCAUAUGCCUGAUUUCAUACUAGUCUGCCCUAUGCUCUUGCAAAACCCCUGCUACCAUUGUGUAGCCAUGAGUAUUUUCUUCACCUAGUCUAGCCUAUACAGUACUGUAAGAGGUAGCAUCACUGAAACCUGUGAGAUAACUAUGUCGUGCUAAGUGAGUGGAGACUAAGAAACCCAUGGUGGAAUUAAUCUUUUCCUCUCCUCUAGAAUGGAAGCCUUUGGGAAAGGACCAUUGGAUAACAUGUUGCAGGCUCUUGUAAACUAGGUAGAAGAAUAGGGGCUUCCUUUCCUUGUUAGGGUGCACUAAUAGCUCAGGAGCAUAAAAAGUUGUGGGAAUGGUUGUUUCUGCAGCUGAGGAGGCUGAGCGGAUAGGUGUCUCACUUUCUCUGAUUUGCCCAGAAUGUCCAGAUACAGGAUUUUGGAUGGGUAGAAUAUUUGUGUAGGUUGUUUGUUUGCUUGUUAUUUGAAGUUACAUAGCCUUUCACACUUGGGGUUCAGGUUUUUUACACACUGACUGAAAGUGCCACUGGGGACAUGGAAAGGUUACAGUGCUAUAGGCACUUCCUGUGGUUGCUCACUGAUACCAUGGUAUUUACUGAUAACAUGUUGUUAGAUGUAGACAGCACAGAUAAGGAUCAGGAAGUUAUUUUGUGAUAGAAGUUGAUGAUUUCAUAAACGUCAGUAGUAGUUCAGUGGAAGAUGACCCUUGGUAGUAAGUACAGUGAAAGGUGACAUGGUUGGGAUGUAGUAAAUACUUUGUUCUUAGCUGAAAAGGACAGUAAAGAAGGAAAGAGAAGCUCUUUGAGUCUUGGCAAAAUACAAGAUACCUAUGAGCAACAAAAUGUGAAUUAACGAAACAAAAAAAAGACAAAUUGAUUAUUGGAUUACUAAAUGGGUAUUUUCACUAAGGAUGCAGAGAUACUAAUAACUUUGUAUAAGGCUUUGAUGAAAGAUAUUCCAGAUGUUCAAGAAGCAUAAUUUUAUAGAGCCAUGGAGCUGAAGGACCCCAAGGCCACCUCGUUUAUUCACCAUCACAAGGUGGGGUUAUCUGUACAUCAGCAUAAGAUCAAUCCAUGAAAAUUCAAACUACAACAUGUCACAAGCUGAGAGCAAGUACAUCACAUAACUCUGUAAGCAUAAAUCAUUUUAGGUGAUUGAAAUGAGCAGUCCAAGGCGCAUGCUGCAAAUUCAUGUUGUUUCUGUGACCUCUUUAGAAUGGGUUUACUGCAGGGCAAACUUUUGUCCACAGCCUUUUUCACCUGGUGCUAGUUGCAGAAUUCUGACAUCUUUGCAGUGAUAGACUACUACGGCUAGUGUUCUAGAAAGUGGAACAAGUUUUGCAUGGUUUUUCAUAGGCAACCACAGCAUCUGCUGCAGCCACCAGGUACAUUAAGGGCACCAAAAUACCUGUUUCCUUCAUGGCUUGUAUUGGAUGUGGCAGUUGCCCAGAAGUGGGGAACUCCUUUCUCCACCCACCCCUGCAGGCCAACUUGUGACAUAUGUGCAGGGGCUGUCAUGCGGAAAGGUGACAACUUGAAAGAGACUUACCUUUGAAAUCCCUUUGCAAACAGUUUCAAUACAUGCUGCUUGCAAAUUGACUUCAAAGUAAUGGCAGCCAUACCUUUACCUGACGUCAAAUAUGAUGUUAGAAGUGGGACAAAUCGGUAUGGUUUGGAGGAAAUGGCCUUGCAGGCAAAAUUAGGACUUCUGGGCCUAAUUAGGUACAUGAGCUGGAGGUUCCUUGUCCCUGCAGUAGCAAAAGAUCAGUGAGAUGAUCACUAUACUAGAGUAAAAGUAAGUUGAAUGAGAAACAUGGCACUGUCUGUUCUAUUUACAUUCCCAAAGAGAAACUGAAAUGUUCUAAGGUGGUAAGCAAGCAGCUCUGAGUUUGACCUCUUAAAGCUGAGGUUGAAAGAUGACCCGUCCACUUGAGAAAUGAUAGCCUUCUCCUAAGUGUGUGAAUGGACAACAACAUUAUGAUCUGGUGUCAGACUUUAUAUGGAACUAAUAAGUUCCAUGGUUUUAUAGAAAGGAGGUUUCUUGAACCUGUUAAGACAUUUGACAAAGUUUCUGUAAAAAUCAGAGGCUUUACAUCAGUUGUCUGGGUAGGCUAUUUUAUUUUUCCUGGAUGCUAGCAGAACACAAAAUUGUUAGCUGGGUAAUCCUUUUAUAGUUCACAGACUUCAUUUUGUGUUAAUUUGAUAAAAGACUGGUUGCAGAAAAUCCACAAAGAAGAGGAAGGUGCUGUUGUUAAGGCUUGCAUACAUUUGUUGAUACUCUGUUCUCAGUUCUUUUUGAGCUCUUGUUGAAACUAUAGGAUGGAUACUGUUCAGCGGCCAUAGCAUAAAUAACUCAUUUGGCAUUUAGCACACUAGGAAGCGUCUUCAUCUAUCUGAAGGAGAAGCUGGAAGUAUAAAAAAAGGACCUAUUAAGAGUAGAAACAAUGUGGCUUGUGAGAAUCCUGUAUCAUUGUUGGUUUUGCCAUUGUGAAGGCUUCUUACUGUCAUUCCAAAAUACAGGGAAGUUGCGGCAGUAUGACUACUUUGAGUUAAGAGCACAUAUGCUGAUGGUCUUGUCAUCUGCCUCCUUUUACUAUUUGCCUAAAUUACUUUCUGCAUAAUUUCUCAAUUAAUUUAAACCAUUAGGACUAUUUCCUACCUGAAUGGCUCCCCCACUUACCAUUGUCCUGCCUUGAACUCAAGAUCUGGGUGUGAGGUUGUACUUGAAGUUUUUCAUACAGAAUGUUGACAAACUGGAUGCCAUCAGAUGGAACAUAAUUUACACAGAACUGCUAUAAGGAGCCUGGUGAAGUAUCUUUAGUCUUUUCUAUAAAUCUUGUAGUCUACCUUACUUGGGUAUCAUUACAUUUCAUGAAAUGUUUCUAUGCUUACUUAACUUUUAUCAGCCAGUGUUCCUGGUUGAAGCACUGUCCCAGCCCUCAAAAUACCUUUUUCCAAAUCCUGUCGAAAUCAGUUCAGUCCUCCUUCUUCUCACAUAUCCAGCUUUAAAUCCCCAAAUACCUUGUUGACCAUAUUUAAUUAUUUUCUUGUACAUCCUUUCACAUUUUCAUUAAAUGUUUACUUGUAGUAAACUUUGUGUGGGAAAAUUUGCAUUUCAUUAUAAGAGAAAUAGAACUGUUAGUGAAGAAGGGUGAUGGUCCCAUUUGACAAUGUAGAUCCAGUUCAGUUUCUGUUAUCUCCUUCCUAGCCUUCUUUGAUUGUUCAGAUUUUGCAUUCUAAACCAAGGUAGAUGGAGACCAAAUGGCACUGACUAUGUCAGCACAUCUCCUGGUUUCAACACUUGCAGAAGAUGGGGAAAGGGAAUUUCCUAGUGUCAAAAAAGAAUGAAUUUAAGAUAAUGUAGAAAAAUAAGUUAUAUUAGGAGCCUAAUAUAGUGCUGUGGUCCACAAUAAUCAUCCAGCUAAAAUUGGUUUCACAAUAUUUUGGCCAUAGUUUUAGGAAAGAGAAAUAUGUAUAACAACCCUAACUCUGUAUUCAUAGUCAGAUCAUCGAGUUUAUAUAAUUGGCUUUGAAAUUCUGAUUCAAGAGCAGGCCAUUCCCAAUAUUCCAAAAGCUUCCAACAAAUUUAGGUUGUGAUUGCCUCUGGACAAUAGGUGUUUGGUUGUAUUUGAACAACCUUAGUAAGUAAAGGAACUUGGACAGACCUGAAAGUCAUUGCUUAAAAUUUCAGCUUGGUGCACUGCGACUGACAAAGACUCACAUUAAAAGCUAACUACUUCAGAAUGAAUUGGAAAAUAAUUGGUAAAACUAACAUAACUCUCCAAUGUACAUGCAACUUAGUACUAUGUGUUGUUGUUGUUGUUGUUUAGUCGUUUUAGGUAAAGGUAAAGGGACCCCUGACCAUUAGGUCCAGUCGUGGCCGACUCGGGGGUUGCGGCACUCAUCUCGCUUUAUUGGCCGAGGGAGCCGGCAUACAGCUUCUGGGUCAUGUGGCCACAAUGGCUAAGCCACUUCUGGCGAACCAGAGCAGCACACGGAAACGCUGUUUACCUUCCCACUGGAGUGGUACCUAUUUAUCUACUUGCACUUUGACAUACUUUCGAACUGCUAGGUUGGCAGGAGCAGGGACCGAGCAACGGGAGCUCACCCCGUCGCGGGGAUUCGAACUGCUGACCUUCUGAUCGGCAAGUCCUAGGCUCUGUUAGUUUCCUCAUAUUUCAGAAGUGAAUAUUGAGCAUAAGCUAAAGUGAUAAGAACCAUGGUCAAAAAGAGAGAACUAAAUUAGAAUAUUGAAUAUGGAAUGAGGUUUGCCCAUUGACUUAAUACUAAAUAAAACUGGAGAGCGCUGAGUAGUUUUUAAAGAAGCACAUAUUUUAUGCUAGUACAAACCUGUGGCUCUUACUUGCACAGAAUGUAGUAGUAGUCUCUAGUAAUACUGAGUUAAAAAAAUAUUAAACCCAUUCAUGGAAGAUCAGAGUAUCUACAGUAAAACUGUCAAUGGCUGGAGGAGAACAGCGGGAAGAGAUUCUCUGUUAGUAUCCUGGGUCAUUAAAACAUAUUGUGACAUCCAAAUCUAGUCACUGUUGGAAACAGGAUACUUGGCUGGCUGGACCUUUAGUAUGACCCUGAAUAGCUCCUCUUGUCUACUCAAGGCCUCUUCACUGAGACAGGAUCUUUCACACCCAAACAUGACUAGUAGGUUAAUCCAUGUCACCCAUAUUACUGCCAGCAGUCUGCUGCAUAGUAUUCCCCCUGCCACAGUCUUAGUUCUGUGCACUUGAUUUGUGAGAUUUCCAUGUAUGUAAUUCAGUGAGAAAUCUAGCAGUAAUUCUAGGCUUAAGUAUUUUCACUUGCACUGUGUUUACUGCUGUAUGAUAUCCUCAUGACCAGUAAUACAGUGUUUAUCUUGAAAAUAUUAUUAUGCUCUGAACUCACUUCGGUCUGUGAUGAUAAUAUUCCCCUGCAAUGUUUGUGACAGUGCCCUGAAUCAUCUCUAUAUACCCUACCGUUUACUCAGAAGUAUGGCUCAUAGACUUACGGAAACUUGUUCCAAGAAAGUGUGCUUAUGAUUUCAACAUAAGCUUCUAUCUUCAGCACUCUUGGAGGCACAUUCCAUUAAAAUCCAUGAGACAUACUUUUCAGUGGAGUCUUGUUUUCCUCACUUUAAUCCUUCCACAUUGGUCUUCUCUAGCCUCUCUUGAUAUGUGUUGAAUUUUAUAAACAGGUUUUCUUUUGCUCUUCCCUUCCUCCCUGAGAUGUUACUCAGGGCCCAUAUAAUUUCACAACAGUGGCAGUUAACUCUUCAGUUCUUUUUGCCCAAUAUAAAUAUGAGCCCGUUACAUGCUUUAAUCCCAUGGCUUUAGAAUGAAGUUCAGCACAAGGGAUUCCUAAUCAUUCUGGCCACAUUUUGACUGGGAAUAUAACUAAGUUUUAUGAGGCUUGCAUGUGAUGAAGGUAAGACCAUUACUAAGUUGCAAUGAGGAAAAGAGCUCUCAAGGAGCAUGGAAUAGAUUCCGCCUCAAAGAAAGAUGCCAUUUUGCCAAACAAGAUGUUUUUCAGUGCUCAGUGUUUAAGGUGACAGUAGUCUGAAAGUUCCCAGGUUUAUAAUGAACUCUGUGGCAUUCUGAUGUAAAUCAUAGAUAGAUGUUUUUCUUCAGUCAGGGAAAGGCCUGUGGCCCUUCAGAUUUUGUUGGACUACAGCUACCAACAUCCCUGUCCAAUGGCCAUGCUGGCUGGGAUUGAUGAGUGUUCAGAGUCCAAAACAUUUGGAGUGCUGCAGGUUCCCCACCCUUGUUCUAAGGACAGACAAGUAGCUGGCAUCCUUCCACAUUGGAUCAUAUGACAUUAGAAUUUUCUGUAAAGGUUCUGUUUGCUGCCUUAAGUUUUUGAGCAUUUCUGAAGGCUCUAAUUUAGACUGGGUUUACCUGACCUUUUUUCUUUAUUUCCACACCUCCAGUAGCUUGAGUUGAGUCUCUAGGCCCAGUGGGUUAGAAAAAAAUGGCAAAGAAAUGCAGACCUGCAACACAGGUUAGCAGGCACCUAGGCUUAAAUAAAAGUGAGGCUCCUAACUCAUUUCAGGACCCUUUGGCUAGAAUAUUGACAGUAGAUUAUAGGUUUCUGACUAGGGUGCAAGGCAGUCGAGUUGUACGUGGAGACCUAGCCUUUUUUUAUCCUUGUCCUUUUUAAAGAAUCUGUGAAAUGUCCAAAACCUCUGAUCUGGUAGAACUGUGGCAGUGAACCUCUGUUGAGGAUACCUGGUGCUCUGUGGCUGCCAAAAGAAAAGGCAGGCACAGCUAGGGAAUUGCAGCCAGGCCAGGCAACCUUUUAUGUUAGCCUUGCCAGUUACACCGAAGGAUGGAGACAGAUAGGAAAUUCAAUUCAAGCACCCCAUGGGAUUCUGAACUGGGGGAGAGUUUUGCACCCAGCUGGCUCUGAGAGUCACUGAACAGGAGAGAUCACGACUGCCGUGAGUGGCUGUGGCAUCAUGCCAGCACCAUGAGCCCUGUUGUUGCUGGGUCUCCCUUUGCAGGUUAUUUCUAGCCCCUGUUCCUGGAAGGAGAGCCAGUUCUUUACCGAGGUAUUUUUGGAGACUCUCGCCUUCUCCUCUUUCUUGCUUUGUUUGGGCAUAAUCAGCCCAUUGCAUCCCGGAGAACCUAGCAACACCGCCUGGCUUCCCAUUGGUUCCCUGGCAGCUCUGCUUCUCCAAUGAGAAGCUUGUUGCCAUGGCAGAGGCACCACUGCACAGAAGCGAGUGAAGAGGCGGGGAUUGAAUUUGCUGCCUGGUGGAAAUCUGCAGGGCAGAACAGGGACCAAGCAGAGGGUUAAUGUGUAGCCUGUGGCCUGGAAGCGGAGUGCAGGCUUGGCCCUGUGCCAGUGACGUACAAUGCCAGGGUGGGCUAACGGAAUGAAACUCCCCUAGGUAGCCCUACAUGUUUGGAAAUGCAGCUUCUUGGCUAAUUUCUCCUCUGCUGCAAAGAGAGCAAGUAACAUGUUUCCUCUUCUCAGCCCCGCCCCAGUCUGCUCCCCCCCCCCCCCCCGCCGCACAGCAAGAAACUGCUUUGGCAAGGGACACACACAGUCUCAAAAAGCUUGUUGUGCAUUCUCCUUGUGUAGGGACUGGGCGGCUGUUGCUGUACAGUUCCAUCAGAAGCCAUUGCAGUGGUAGAGCUGAUAGUGCUGACAUGUUCAGAAAUCAUAGGGCCGCCCCAUGAAUGUCUGAAAAUACGUUAGGGUUCUUUUUGUUUCAGCGGUUAGUGUACAUUGUAAUGGUUUAGCCCCCUUGUUUCCUCAGACAACUAUUUUGUGCUGCCGCUAUCAAUGUUUUUAAAUUGAUCUCUCAUCUGGUAAUCUGUUUUAUGGUUCUUGGUUGUUGGAAGGAAUUGCCUUGUUGCAGUAAUUUGGCUGUGGCAGAUUCCAAAAACUGCACCCAUAAACUCUUAUCCCCCUCCUUUCCCUUAGGAGGCCUAAUUGGAAAACCUAGCUCUAGCACACAUUAGGGCUAGUAAACCUCAGAUUACUUGAUAGGAGACCCUCCCUUUCUCUCUGCAUGUCACUGAACUACUUAUAUCCCCCUUCUGAAUUUGUUGCAGAAGGCCAAGCAUUUUGUUUGCAUGUUUUUUAUUACAUUGCACCUAUUGAACUGUACAGUGGUACCUCGAGUUACAUACGCUUCAGGUUACAUACGCGUCAGGUUACAGACUCCGCUAACCCAGAAAUAUUACCUCGAGUUAAGAACUUUGCUUCAGGAUGAGAACAGAAAUUGUGCUCUGGCAGCGCGGCAGCAGCAGGAGGCCCCAUUAGCUAAAGUGGUGCUUCAGGUUAAGAACAGUUUCAGGUUAAGUACGGACCUCCGGAACGAAUUAAGUACUUAACCUGAGGUACCACUGUAUUCACUAUGCAGUUCACAACAUACUAAACUCAAUAAUACCAUGCAAGUUUACCAAUAAGCAUCUUAAUGGUACAAAGCAUAUAAAAAAUUGUGGCUCCGAUCAUAGUGUGCUCCGAUCAUAGAGGUAUAGGGUGGACAUGAGACAGGACACAGGCCAGGGCUGCUUUGGUGGGUGCCCCUGCUAUAGCAACAGGACGCAGGAGCUUAAACAGAAAUCAGCCAAUGGGCAAACUAGAAUUCUCCUACUGGAACUGUUUGUUCAUGAGGGAGCCAGCUGGGGAACUUGGGUGAAGACAUUUCCUUCUGUCUCCAGAGAGAAGAAAUGGUGGCAUCUUCUUUCCUCCUGAAGAGAUAUAACCUCUUCUCAUCCCAGGAGUUGAUUGCAUAAGGAAAAUAGAAUAUGCCACAAAAAUGACUCUUUAAAAGUUUAAGUGGGAGAGCAGUGCUCUUCCACCAGGCUUUUUUGUCUUUCUCUGCAGCUGUGGGUCACUUGCAUGAGACAUUUUGAGGUCUUAGCUCUCCUGAUCUGCUUCUGCAGUGCACCAAGAGUUAAUGAAGGGGUCUGUCACAUUGAAGGUCUAGAGAGCAAACAAGAGCUUUCAGGACUGAUAGUAUUUCAAGCUAUGACCAUUCUGACUGGGUGCCUGAAAUAUAGCAUGUAACUGGGAAUUCUUUAUGCCUUCCUCAUAAAGCUUCAAAUUUCUAGUCAAGAGCCCAACAGUUCUACCUCUAAUUGUGUUGUGAUGCAGGACUUGCAUCACAAAAUGUUGUAUGUAGAAUGUUUCUCAGAUACCACCAAGGCUUUUGCUGCAGCUUUUAAAGCUAUAGAACAAAUGCCACCCCCCAGAGAUCCUGUCCUCCUAGAGCUUCCCUUGAGACCAGGCAUUGGAGAUAUCCCCUCCAUGGUUGAAGCCAGUGCAUGUUUGUAGCUUGCAAACACUUUCCCCAGAUCAAGUAAGGAAAUUUAGCAAAUACACUACUUCAGCAUAGAUAUGGAUAGCACACUUGUGCAAGUUGGUGAGGAAAACAUAGUUUCUUCCCAAGCAGAACUUUGAAGGGCUCACCAGGUCCUGAAGGCACCAGAACCUGAACAGAUGGUCAGAAAAGUACAAUAAAGUUGAGGUAAAGCUGAAAACGAGAAGUCUGUCUCUUUAUUUACACCUCUCAAACUAUUCUGACCUUCUAUGCUGCAGUAUAAUGAAUGGGAGAACAGUGCCUCAACAAUUGGGGGAACAUGGUUUUUGAGAAUGCUUUGAAGCAUUGAAUAACUUUUGGUUUAUUGGAGGCAAGUAAAUUUAUGCCAGCAGGGGACAGUGGAAACUUGACUUAUAUCAGGAGUUAAUAGUAAGAACAUAUGAAUUGAAGAAGAACCUUUUGGAUCAUAAGGAAGGUCCAUCUGGUCCAGCUUCUUGUUCUCACAGCGAUGAGCCAGAUGACUGUGGGAAAUCCACAAGCAGGACAUGAGGGCAGUAGCCCUCUCUUUACUUAUGAUUCCAAGUAGCUAGUAUUCAGAGGCAUACUGCCUCCAACAGUAUGUGUUAUUUGAAUACUGUGUACCUUACAGGUACUAGAAUUCAAAAACUAUUUUGACAUGCUGUAGAGAAUUCAGAGGAGAGGCAAGAACUAGUUAGAUGAGGAAAAGGUCAAGAGAUUGGGGUGCAUAUUAUAGGUGGGGAAAGUCACAGGACAUUCUUCAUCUUCAAACAGAAGAUUUCAGAAAGGGGGCUCACUGUUUGCUUUCUUUCCUUAAGUUCUUAAGUUUGGGAUGAAAAGCCCAUUUUUUAUGUUUAGCAGAGUGAAUAUCCCAAGUAUAAGAGAAAUUCAUACUGAAAUAAUCUUCCUGAGGAAUUUUUGAACCAUCUUUGUUGGAAGUUUAUGAAAGGGCGGCGUGUGCACCAGCCUAAGAUACUUGAGGUAUAGGACAUCUUUCCAAAGCCAGGGGAUCAAACUAGAGGUCUCAAGUUCGGAUUCCAAGUCUGGAUUCUGAGGUUUUGCUAUUAUGACCAGAACUGUGUUUGAACUGACCUCUUCCCCACCAUGCAUAUUUGCCUAAGUUGAAUUAAUGGCAUUGCUGAAAGUGCUCAUGUGCACAUUCUUUCUCUUUGAUUCAUGCACGACAUCAUUUCUCUGAUAAAAAAAUAUGAAGGUGUGUGCAUGUUUAUCAGCUAUUGGUGGGUGCUGCUGUAAAAAAACACUCUGCUUUUAAGGCCCCGGCCUAUGCUCCUUAGAAAGAAAGGCCUUUCCCUGUGAACACAUCCCAUAGGAAUGGUGUUGGGGCUGGACCGAAAGCAGGAUAAAGCCAGCUUAAUUAGGGACGGGGAAUUAGGAAAAAGCAUGUGAUUCUAGGAAGAACUGAUUUGACCUCCAGCUCUGCCUUUCUUCUCCUGUAUUUUACAGGUUUUACUCAGUUUUGUCUCUUUUUAAGAAGAUGCACCUGUCUCUGAACUGCAGCAUCAUAUGCUUCUGUAUUCAUUUUUGGUGGGCUUGUCUGCACCUACAUACUUUUCAGUUGUUUCAUCAACCCUGUUCACAACAGUAUCUCCUUCAAUAUAAACCAUCUUGAUCAGAGUUCUGGUGGUAUGGUGGAGCCAUUUCACGAAGUGGGGUCUGCUUUUGGAGCCAGAAAGUAUUAACAUGGAUGUAAGAUUGUGACUGAGAAUUUUGCUUCCCCAGUGUUGUGGCCCGACAAGUUAGGAUUCAGAUGUUGGCCAGACACAGCUUCACCCACCCUACAUAUAAAGGAUCAUGCACAUUCUUCCGAUGUCAUGUCACGUAGAAGUCAUUGAGCCUAGUUAGGUCAGCAUAAAAGGCUGUGACUGUUACAUGCCAUGGAGACCAUUUCUCUCUGAGUGCUUCAUAUAAAGUGUUUGGACAGCACUUCCAACAGACUGGCAGAUAUCAACACCUAGAACUGAAUGAGUUGAAUCUCUGCCUGACGGUUCAUGAGCUGAGGAACGGCAAAGCUGUUUUGAGAUACAAAGAUACAAGACCUGAGGUGCUCACUGCCCUGAAUAGCCAGUUGCUGGAUAAUAUUCAGUAUGCUUUAUUGCCUUUCUCCUGUGUAGAAUGAUCACUUAGUGCCCAGUAUUCCUGGUUAUAAACCCAGUCAACAUCUCUGGGUUUUGUUCAACCAUCGGACAGCUAUUCUUUCUCCUGUUGGUCAAAGAACAGUUGAUACUGGAACCUAUUUGGUAUUUUACACCAAAUAAUUUAAGCCUUGAUACCUGUGAGUUGAAUAGUACAGCUGUAUGGAGGUGUAUAAGGAUGUCUAGUGCAGACAUGAGAGAUCAGUGUGGGGCAGAAGGAAAAAAAUCCCUGUCUGUGGGGACUGGUGAUUUAGAUUGUGGCUCUGGUUGCAGAAGAGUACAAGGUUUCUGGGAUUUUUCAGGAUUAUUAUGUUAAACAUCAUCUGCACUGUAGGCUUCCCAGGCACAUCAGAAUAAAUGCUAUACUCAGUGUUAUGAACAGUGCUUUUUUCUGGAGGGGACGCAGGGGGAUGCAUACCCCUAAAUGUUUGGUUAAUCUAAGUUUGGCCUCAUUGAGAGGCAGUAUUUCAAUAUGAGUAGGAAAAUGAGAGUACCCCUAAACAUUUUUAGAAAAAAAGCACUGGUUAUGAAGACCAGGAAGUUUAACUCUGAGAAUCAUUGCCCCAUGACUUGCAGUUCUUAUGACUCCUGUACAGUGCCCUCUUCUAAAUGAAGAGUUGCUUGCUCAAGCUUCAUAGCUACAUAUUACUACUAAGGGAAAAUAGCAGGGAAUAGGAAUGUAUAAAUUUCCAUUUGUGUAUUCCCACUGGCCAGCCUACUUUAGGAUAAAAGUGGUUGAUUAGGGUUUCCCUUCUUCCUAAAUAAAUAAAUAAUCAAUCAUAUUAGUUAACUAAUAUGGUUAACUAGUUAACUAGUUUUGCUUUCUCAGGAUUAGAUCUGGGCAGUAGUCUUACCAGUGUGGCUUGCUUCCCAUGAGGAAGUCUCAGUCUUAUGUAGUCCUCUCUACCUUUGCAUGCUCUGAUUCCCUGCAUUUCACAACACAGUUUGAUCACUAUUUGCAAUUCUAGCUUGGGAGAGCAAGCACAAAUCAUAGUUUACCAGUUUGUGUGUAACAGCAAAGUAUGGCAAAAAGAUGAUAUUCAGGAGGUGCAAAUUUGGAGUGAGUAUGCAAGGUAGAAGUUUACUUGUAUCUGAAUCAGUCUUUUGUGAGCUAAGCUGAAUACUGGCCAGACAUGACCAAAUGGGGGCUUGAGACAGAAGCAACAGUGGAAAGUAAUCAAAAUGCAAGGUCAAUUUGCAUAGAAAAGUAAAAGAGCUUGCAGAACAGAAUACAAUUGACGUGUGUUAUGCAAACUGGCAGUUUCACUAGAAGUCUAUGCUAGAAUAAACCUACUAUUUAAAAUAAUAAAUUAGGAUUAUUUUUACCUGUUUUCUUUAUUUUGUCUAUUUUAUCUGAUUUGCUUUAAAUAGUUGACUUUUUUCAAUGCUAGGCAAUUAAAUUCUUCAGGUUGGUGGGCUGAGAUCCUCUGCUUGUAGUCCCACCAGGAUUUGGAGACAUGUAGAAGGGCCUCCUCUGUGGCAGGAGGAUCUCUGGUUCUGGAAUGAUUCCUCCUUAGAAGUGGGCCUGUCUUCAACAUUACUGGAUUUCAGAUGCCAAUGGAAAACAUUUAAUGAUUUGCUACUAAAAAACACAAAACAAAUAUUUUAGAUUGUAAUUUUUUGCAAAUCAUAACAUAGCUGCCUUGAAUAUGAUUUAACUAGAGAAAGUGGGCAAACAAAUAAAUGAUGUUAACAAUAUGCAAUAUUCACAAUAGUAUUUCUCCAAUAAUUCCGUACAUUACAGUCAUACAUUUAAUUUUUAUAUCAGUUAAGUAUUCAUUUUAAAUUAACCAUUCAAAUUUCAUUUUUACAUUUUACAACAAUAAAUAACUCCUUCCUAAGACUAUUAAUCCAGAUCAAGUAAACUUCCUAAAAAAUUACAUUCUUUUAAAAAAAAAUUCAAAAUAGUUCAUUUUGCAAGCUCCUUCUCUAUUUUCUCUUUGUUCCAAUAAGUUAGCUUUGCCAUUAUCAUUUUUCCAACAGUUUAUUUACCAGUUGUUGAGGUUCUUCCUUUUCCAGGUCUGUGCAAUUAAGAUUUUAGUUGCCAUUAAUAGAUAGUGAAUUAACUCUUUCUACUUUCAAUCCAAUAUCCUUUAAAGAUCAAUUAAAAAUGCUUUCAUGUUUGCAAUUAAUUUUUUUAAUUUAUAUAUCUGUGGUUAAACCACGGAGCCUAGGACUUGCCGAUCAGAAGGUCGUGGUUCGAAUCCCCGUGACAGGGUGAGCUCCCGUUGCUCGGUCCCUGCUCCUGCCAACCUAGCAGUUCGAAAGCACGUCAAAGUGCAAGUAGAUAAAUAGGUACCGCUCCGGUGGGAAGGUAAACGGCAUUUCUGCGCGCUGCUCUGGUUUGCCAGAAGCAGCUUAGUCAUGCUGGCCACAUGACCCGGAAGCUGUACGCCGGCUCCCUCGGCCAAUAAAGCGAGAUGAGCGCCACAACCCUAGAGUCGGCCACGACUGGACCUAAUGGUCAGGGGUCCCUUUACCUUUACUGUUUGGUGCUCUUAUGUUUGAAAUACAUUGUCCAGAGUCCUUCCUUGGGUGAUUUAUAAAUAAAAAAAUGUAUUUAUGGCCCUCAUUCCCAAGCCACACUCUAUUCCAAAAAAUGUAUAAACUGUGUACCAGACCUGAGGUUCUUAUGAACAUUGCUGUUUGGGCUGAGUAAUAAAAUGUGUAGCAACUCUUAAAAGUUUUGGUGUGAAGAAAUUCUCAAUAUAGUACCUCCUGAUAUUGGAUUCAUAUGCUCUGGCUGCCAUCUUCUUGCAUAACACUUCCACUUGUGCAUGUGGUGGAUGUGGAUUUUCAUGGUGAUGGGAGCAGCGUGAGCUAAAAGGAGCCAAAAGGAUGAUGGUUUGAUGGUGCUGGAAUCAAAAGUUUGGUUAUAGAAGUAUCAGUGCAAUGGACAAUGGCUUGCUCUGAUUUGAAAAGAGACCAGAGUUUCAGUCAAAGAUUGAAUAUUGCCUCAUUUGGAUUUUUAAUGAGACUGAUUGCUGGUGAAGGGGGAGAUCCAUUGUAAAAUACUAUAUUUGCCUGUCAGAAAGCAUGAUUGAUAUUUUAGUCAGGAAAGCCAUUAGCCGUCCCACCCACCCCCCAAAACAAACACACACCUCUCAGAAUGAAUGUCUGAAACUAUUAUUCCAGUGGUGGUUGGCGAAGGUACUACAGUAGUUACUAAGAGAAUGGGGUCUGGAAAUUUAUGCUAACAUCACCACCACCCUGCAAAAACCCUCACAAAAUGAUUGCAUGUUCAUAAAGAUACUGAAUCUGCAUUUUUUAUAUUACUAUUUUUUUCUACAAAAAUAGUGAUAACAUGCGGUCAGUUUAGACUCCUGUCCCACACUCCUCUUGUCUCUAAGGAUUUAGCAGAAACAGCUUGUUCAGUGAGUAUUCAGGUUUUUAGAAACCAGCACCAAUGAGUUAAUUCCUUUGGGAAAGUUCAAAGAGGCAAACAGUGGCCUGGAGGUAACAUUUUAGAAAAGGGGAGUUUGGAAUUGGCACGUUUCAGCCCCUCUCCUUAGUGGUUUCUCUGGCCUGCGUUUGGAAACCUUUUGUCAGCUGUUCCUCUGAUCAGUUUCCACUUGGCCAUGGCAUGUAACCAGCUGUUUGCUUUGAUCUAGCCAAGAGAGCAUUCCACGCCCGCUGACCUUCCAUAGCCUCUGCAAUGACAGCUGUGUAGCACUGCUUUCUGCUUAGUGGCUUUAAGACUCUCUCUCGGGAGCACAACCUGGGCAAGCAACAGCCAAAAAGUGGACUUCAGCGAACAGCUUUCCAUGGUGUGGACUUGAGUAGAUGGUGUGGUUAGAUAGCUUUUCCCAUGGUGAUCCCCUCCAGCACUGAGACCCAUCUCAGUACGAUGCUGCUGACAUUGCAGUCGCAUUGGGCCCGACAGGAGCCUUCCUGCUUUCUGCCCUCAGCCUGCUACAACAGGAAAAUGGUCACAGGUAGGGACCAUGUGUGGCAAAUGAGAAAAUACUGAUUAUCUGAUCAUAUAUGUCUUUGUUCUAAGCUAUGAGGUCAAGAGCAGCAACUGAGGGAGACUUGGCAACCACAUAAGGGAGAACUAGAAGGAAGCUGGAGGACUAUUAUGCACUGAGGAAAGUCUCUGUAGAUGGGAGACGGAGGUUGUUGUCUCCUUUUGGUGUUAAUGGGCUUAGGUGAAAUCUGAAAAUACCCUGGGGAAGAAGGCCAAGAAAUCUAGGGUUUGGGUUUGAUUGUUUUUUUAAAAAUAUGUUGACUGGCUUUGCUUGGAACACAAGGUGUGGUUUUUCUUCAGUGUUUCAAGAAUGAGACUCUGGGAAGCAGUAGGUCUUUGGGACUACAUGAGCUAUGUGACUGAGUCAGGAUAAGUUUUUAAUUGUGAAUACAUACGCAAACACAGAUAAGGGGCAUGCUUAUAGCUACCACCUUUGCAUGGAUGAUGCCUGAGUUUCAUAUGCAGUUUUGCCACCCUUUGAAUCAUUGUAUCUUGAUGGUUGUAGAGCUCUGUAGGGAACUAGCUGUUAUCUUUGUGGAUUAGGGAAUUGCAUGUUUUACUAAAAGGGAAGUGGAAAUGUACUUUAAAUUAAUCUGUGACCCUUUCUUUUAUAAAUGAAAAUGCCUUAAAAGAGAAGCAGAGCCCACAGGCAAAGAGCAAAAUUAUAUCUCUUGGCUUUGAAACUUAAAUGAAAAAUCUAAGACCAAAUCUUCAUAUAUGUCAACCUGAGUCUGCAUGUAGAAAAUAGAAUGUGCCCUGGACUCUGUGUUGGAAUUUUUACUUUCACAUAUAGGCUCUUACCAGUGGUUUUAGGAACUCCAGAUUUAAUGUUGAUAAUAAAUUAUGCAAGUGUCUGCGUGAGAUUUUAUAUGAUUUUCAAUGAGUGUUUGGGGGGGGGGGGUUGGUCAAGUAUUGGAGAAAUGAAAGAUGAGAGGGGAUGGGGAAUGGGGAAUGGAGGACCAGUGGCUUUUGGCGGGUAAGAGAAGGGAGAAUAUGAGCCAUGGGAGCUGAGCAAGGCAGAGCACAAUUCUAGAGGGUUCAUUAGGCACUGCCUGGAUACUUCUAAGCUUUGCUCCUCAGCUAUAACAGCUGAAAAAACUGAUCUUAAGCAUUGGAAACUGAACUGCUCAGAAUACCAAAUUCCACACUAUGCCUGACAAACUCAGGCAUAUUGGAAUGGUACAUAGCCCUCUUUAUUAAUAAAGACACCAAUCCUUGGGAAAUGGGGGCUGUCAACCCUUAAGGCCCAUGGGCACAUUGGCAUACUGGAGAAACUGUUGUGGGCACCACACACACCCUGCAACCAAGCACCCCCUGCAACCUGUUCUAUUGGCUACAAUGGAAAGAUUCUUUCAAGUCUGAUAUCAGUGGGCAGCGGGGGCGGACCCUGUGGACACUAGGAAAGGCAAGCACAUGCGUGCCCACAAGCACCAUAUUAGGAACCCCUGAUUUAAAGAUAGAUGUUGUAGCUCUUCAUUGUGAGAAGAGGCUUAGGAGAAACCCUAGAGUCAGGCUGAGCUGCAAAGGAACUUCCACAACUUGCUUCUGAGUGAAAACUUGCGAUGUCACAUGCUUAUUAAACCCCACAUUGUUUUUAUCUGUGCCAACCUCCGGUUGGGAAGUGGGUCUCUCUCUUUUUAGGCCCUUCGUUAAAUAAAUAAGGAAUAUGAUGUCAGUAGCCUUGCACUUCUUUGCCAGAAAUUGCACUUAACUAGUCUGUCCAUAAAGGGCAGAAGCCCAGCUUUGAAACCCUUCCAUUAAUUAACUAGCUGUGUUAAUAAGCAUGCAGCUGCAGCCAGCUUGGUGUUAGAGGGGUGCUGUGUUGCCAGGAAUUGGAUCUAGUGGGACCUCAAGCAAGCACUCUUUCUGCCAAAUCGGUACUGAGUUUUGUGCCUCCAUGUAGCAGACCUAGGAAUAGAAACCAUUAGCUCUCUCUGCCUGUAUGCUGCUGUACUUCAUUCCAGCCACUCUAACAUGUCCUUUCCACAGCUAAGAAUAGUACCUAGUAGUUCUGAUGGUUGCCGAGGCACCAGCAAUAGUAAUAAAAUUGCAUUUUAUGUACAAACUGAGCACUGUCUAGGCCAGCAAUACCUAUAUUUCUAAAAGGGCAAAUUUCCCCCUGGUGGAGAGCAGCCAGAAGCACAAGUAAGAGGAAAGCUAUGUAACUCGAAACACAAACUUUGUAGGUGUUAAAGAUACAUAUUUUUGAAUGGUUCCACAGUGUUGUAGGGGUCAUGCUUCAGACUCAGGUUUUCUUGGCGGUCUCCUAUCUUGCUAGUGUGCUAUGAUGCAGAGAACCAGUGUGGUCUGGUGGCUAAAGUGCUAGGUUGGAUGUGGGAGUCCCUGUUCAAACCCCUGUCCAGCUAUGGUUUCUACAGUGGACAUAUCACUAUAGUCUGUCAUCCUGCAUCACAGGAUUUGGAAAAAUAUAAAAAUGCAAGUUGUUUAGAGCUCAUGUUGCUCUGGUAGGAUAUAAGUGAAAUAAACUGAAGUUGUCAAUUGCUAGUCCCAAUUAGGCCACUGCUACCUCACAGCCUAAAUAUUUGGCAGCAUAAUCUGUAAGACCUGGGCUAGUUCUUCUAGCCAGACUCUUCUUCAUCUUCAUUCACUCUUUAUAAUAUGUGCUAUAUGAAUCUAGGGAUGCGGGUGGCGCUGUUGGUUAAACCACAGAGCCUAUGACUUGACAAUCAGAAGGUCGGCGGUUCAAAUCCCCGCGACGGGGUGAGCUCCUGUUGCUCGGUCCCUGCUCCUGCCAACCUAGCAGUUCGAAAGCACGUCAAAGUGCAAGUAGAUAAAUAGCUGUGGUUCGCCAGAAGCGGCUUAGUCAUGCUGGCCACAUGUACGCUGGCUCCUUUGGCCUAUAAAGCGAGGUGAGCGCCGCAACCCCAGAGUCGGUCACAACUGGACCUAAUGGUCAGGGGUUCCUUUACCUUUACCUUUAUAUGAAUCUAGGUGCUAGCUCCAACUUCCAUGGGUAAAUUAAAACUGACUGCCUAGUAAAAUGGAAAUAGUGAUAGUGAUAUGUCAGGUGGUUUUAAAAAGUGUUUAGACAAAUUAUCAAUGCCUACUAGCCAUGAUGGAGAUAGUAUGACUUUACCAGUUGCUGGGGAUCACAAGUAGGGCUGGGCGAUACCUGGUUUUCAAUAUCACAAUACAUCAUCAACUAAACAUCACAAUAUCUUGAUAUAUCACAAUAUAUAUUCACGGCAGCGGAGGGCUUUGUAGGCAGCCCCAUGGCUGUGGAGGGCCUCUUCAAGCAUCCCCACAGAGAUGGAGGGCCUCGCCGCGCCUUUCCUUGGUGGCAGAGGGUGCGCUGUGCUUCCCUGGGGCUGCGAAGAGCUUUGCCGCACCUUCCCAUGGCGGUUAGGGCUUUAAAAUGUAAGGAAGUAGUAGAUUUAAUAAAAUUAUUAAAUAAGCUUCCAUAUAAUAUAUUUAAUAUAUUUUCAACUAAUUUAAGAAUAGUUCAUGUGAUUUUCUAGUCAAGUUGCAUCUGCUUCCCCACUCAGAGGUCUAAGUGGAAUCUGUGCAUGCACCGAUCCCGGGGAGAUUCAUGCACAAGGUGGUUACAAACUGCUAUCUGUAUACAGUUAACUCGCAAUUUGUCCACAUUUAACUUGUACACAUUCAGAUGUAGAAAAUUAAAACGGGGAUGGAAAGAGGGCAAUUGUCUGGGGGGAAAGGCUUUAGCAAUCCCACCCACCGUUGAACCCAGUGUGUUUUGACUAUACACUAUUUUGGCUUUACAUGCCAUCCCUGAAACGUAACCUCUGCAUAAGCUGAGCAUUGCCUGUAUUGCUUUGAGUUGUUAGGUAAAAUCAGUGAAUAACAGCAUAUAAUACUGUACAGGUACAACUUCAUUGACGCCUUGCCAGUAGAAGUAGAAUAUAAAUUUAAAUAAUAGCAUUAGCAACAUGACUAAUUGCCCACUGCAUGUGGUGACUACAUGCUGCAUUAAUGUGUGAACCAGCCCCUAUGUUUUGACUGCUGAGUAAUGCAACAUAUGAUUUGCUUGUGCUGCUUGAGGAUGUUUACAUAAAGAAAUUGUAAGGCCGCAGUGUAAUUGUUUAGCAAUAAAUUAUAUUACCAUGAGUCCCAGAAAAUAGUUUAAGAGCAUCUGAUGUGGCAGCACUGCUUCAGCUACUUAAGAUUUUCAUUUGUAUUAUUAAUAAUAAUCAUCAUAAUAACAAUAAUUUUAUUAUUUAUAUGCCACCCAUUUGACUGGGUUGUCCCAGCCACUCUGUGCGGCUCCCAAUAAAAUAUUAAAAACACAAUGCACAAGUGAAACAUAUGGUGAAAGGUUGAGUAUUUGUGGAGGGAGGGCCUAUACAGUAUAUGGUACUGGUCCUUAACAUGUGUAAUGGGUCUUUGUGGAAGGAUAGACUGUGCUUUGGUGAGCUGAAGACAAUAGUGUCCCUAAAUACAGUGCUUGGUUUUUCCCUCAUUGAGAUGAAUACAUCCAUGUGUCAGUAGCAGAGCACAUGCUUUGCAUGAAUAUGGUUCUGAGUUCAAAUCCUGCUUGCGGGCUGGGAAAACUGUGGCCUGUCAGUCACCAAUUGUUGGUGACCAGGGGUAGUGGGCCCAUUUAGAAUUUUGAGAAAACUAUAUGGGCACCAGUCACAAAAUUGCUGCUAUAAGGGCAUGGCAUAACACAAAAUUAGAGAGAAUCCACACAUUGUUGCUUCCCUCCCACCUACUGAACAACCUCAUGCUACCUGCAGGAAGUCAGCAGUGUUCUGCUGGCCCUGGUUGUUGACAUACAAUCUUAACAUCUUGCACAUACAAACUGAUGCUGUUGCUAUCUAAUAAGAACAGAGAGCAUUCCCCAGUACCAAAAAAAUACAUGCAUGGUGGCCACACUACACUAAUUCUCUAACACACAUACAGAUCUUAUGCACAUCCAUCCUUCUCUCCCUCUCUCUCUCUCUCUCUCUCUCUCUCUAACACAUAUUUCAACUACAGUGGUACCUCGGGUUAAGUACUUAAUUCGUUCCGGAGGUCCGUUCUUAACCUGAAACUGUUCUUAACCUGAAGCACCACUUUAGCUAAUGGGGCCUCCUGCUGCCGUCGCACCGCCGGAGCAUAAUUUCUGUUCUCAUCCUGAAGCAAAUAGUACCUGAGGUACUAUUUCUGGGUUAGCAGAGUCUGAAGCGUAUGUAACCCGAGGUACCACUGUAUACACAACCACACAUACAUCUCUCCCUUUCUUUGCCCAAGUGCAUCUCUCCAUCUGUUUCACAGACCACAUAAACACAGAGACUAUACAUUCAUACACACCUCACCCACUUCUUUCUCCCAUAAUCACAGUGCAUACAGCUGUCUCUCACACACACAUACUCCCCUCACAUAUGCCUCUGUCUCUGUCUCCUCAAUGCAGGAUUGUCAAACCCAAGACACUCGGUGGUUUAGACCACGCGCCACACACAUCUCCACCUCUCUCACAGACCACCAUUCGUUCAUACCUUCUCUCUCCCUCCCUCUCACACACAUACAGUGGUACCUCGGGUUACAGACGCUUCAGGUUACAGACUCCGCUAACCCAGAAAUAGUACCUCGUGUUAAGAACUUUGCUUCAGGAUGAGAACAGAAAUCGUGCUCCGGUGGCAGCAGGAGGCCCCAUUAGCUAAAGUGGUGCUUCAGGUUAAGAACAGUUUCAGGUUAAGAACGGACCACUGGAAUGAAUUAAGUACUUAACCCGAAGUACCACUGUACAUUUUUCCCUCUUUCUCUGCCCAAGUGAACCUCUGUCAGUCAAGCAUUCAUAGAUAACCUCUUCAUGGGGUGAAGCAAGUGCCUGCCGCCAGCUCUACAUCACUGGCAGGCAACAAACCAAACAGGAUUGGACACUCAGGGAACAGGAAAAUGAUUCCUGCAACCACCAAAAAACCACAAAUAUAAUGCAAGAGGACUUGCCCUUCCAGCUCCAGCAACUGCUCUACACUGUUCUGCCAUCCCCUCUUCCCGCAAAAUCCAAAAAAUAUUGAGGGUCUGCAACCUUGGGCCUGGGAACUCCAGAAAAAGCCUUCAUGGGUGCUGGGUUGACAGUACCCCAGAGUAGACAAUACUGAACUGGAAGAUUCAAUGAUCUGGGAUAGCUCAGUUGGUAGAGCAUGAGACUCUUAAUCUCAGGGUUGUGGGUUUGAGCCCCACGUUGGGCAAAAUAUUCCUGCAUUUCAGGUGGUUGGACUAAAUGAUUCCCAUGGUCCCUUCCAACUCUACGAUUAGAUUCUGUUCUGUUCUGCUCUGUUCUAUGAUUCUAGAUUUGUUCAGGGCGAAUUCAAGAGCUGCAUUGAGAUGAGGCCUAAAUUGUUCCCUGCUCCAGGCACUGGGUUCUGCCUUUCUCAAAUGUGCUCCAAUUUUUCCCCCUUGCUCCAUGGAAUUCUGUGGGAGCCACUGAGAAUAAAGUUCUGACAUCUUAGAUUGUAAAAUCUAUACUCGUGAAAUGUGUGUCCUGAAGGGCAAGGUGUGUGCACAUGGAAGGAGGGUCUGUGUUGCAGUGGCCCCUCAGGCCCUGUUAAUGUGUGGCUCUGGGAAUUGGCUUUUUAAUUAUGUAGGUGGUUUGUUCUUUGUAAUAGAAUUGGCUUGGAAGAAAUAAGGAAAUAGAAAAAGAACAAUACUGUUGAAUAAAAAUUAAAACAUACUGGAGGGGGGGUACAUAUCUGGGUUGUUGCAUUCACAAUCCCUCAGAGUAAUUUAACGGUUUUUAUUACAUAAGUAAGUAAUAUUAGAAAUGCUUUUUAAAAAGAAUAGUAGGCUUGGCUAUUAUUGAAUUCUUAGCAAGGGUAUGUGUGUUCUGGGAUAGCAGAGAACAGGACUCUGACUGCAAAAUUCAACAUUGUGAGAAUGUCAGAUUUUGUUUUGUUUUUAAAGCAAGAGUAGACCUUAUAGGUUAUCACAUCAUAGAAUUUUUAUUUUAUUUAUUUGUUGUAAGCAAACAGUAUACACUAUCGUGUUUAUGUAGUAAUAUUAGAGAUGUAGUUAGCAGAUCAUUUUUCCUGGAGGUUCACUUUGAUAAGAAAGUUGUCUGUGGUAGGCCAUCCCUUAAAAGUGGUUUGCUGGGAAGCUCCUGUUCCUACUGUUGCUUUUCAUCCAGAUCCCUCUCUUGGCUUUGGGACUAAAAAUUAGUAGGGGAAACAUAACAUACCUCAAAGGGCCAGAUUUGGCCAAGGGAACCACAUCAAUUGAUCCUUAUCUUACAGGGAGAUGAAAAUUGGACACAAGUUGUACAAAAUACCGUAUUGGCCUGAAUAUAAGCCACACCUUUAAAAUUGGAGGAAGGGAGGAAGAAAAAAUACCUGAAUAUAAGCCGCCCCAUUCCUCUCUGCUCCUGGCUGUGUGGGGGAUGGGGGAGCCGCGCUGCGUUGCCAGCGGCCUUUUCCCUACCUCGCUGUCUCCCAUCCCGGCCUUGGGAGAGAGGAUGGGGGACUACGCGUGGGGCAGGCGCCGCUUUGCCAUGCUCAUGGCUGCAUACCAUAAGGUCACGAAUAUAAGCCGCACUUUAACUUUUCAUGGUGGGAAUUUGGGAAAGAAAUGACACUUAUAUUCAGGCCAAUACAGUAAUAUAAAUUUUAAUGUAAAGAAUGUAUUCUAAUAGAUAUAUGGGUGUGUAUAUCGGGGCAGAAGUGUCUGCAAAAUGGAAAUGUAUGUCCUGGGCACCAGUAGCAUAAAAUACGGUUUUGUAUCUUUUGAUUAUUUGUUUGUUUAGAGUAUUUAUAAACCAUCCUUCACCAGAUGGUCCCACGGUAGAAAAUACCAUAUAUAUUAAAAUGAUAAUUAACAGUAUUUCAAAACUAAAACAGAUAAUAAAACAGACAUUUUAAAAAAAAUACAUGGCAACAGUAACUGAAUUAAACUGAAUUAUUCCAAAAGGGGGACUAAAUCUGUUUAGUAACUUGCAGUAAGAAAAGUUGACAUGUUCAUAACAUCACCAAUGGAAAAUUGCUGUUUUGGGGGGAGGAGAAGCAAACUACAUAGAAAUCAUGUUAGAAACAGCAUAGAUAUUGACUCCCAGUGGGUGCUGAGAGAAUCCCUCUCUUCAACUACAUUCAAAAGAGAGAUCUGUAACUUUGAGGUGUGGCUACAUAAUAAGAUACAGUAUACUGACCACAUUCUGCCCAGCUUUCCUUCAGUUCUGACAAUCCCUAUGGUUUUGCUAGAGCCUCUGACCGUGUCUGACAUGCAAACACCUCUGCCUGUUUUUCUGUAGUUACCUCUCCUCUGCACAGUUCAAGCUGUAGCCUCUCCUCUUGCCUCUUUCCCUUCCCAAAAUGCCAUUAAUGGUAAAGGUGCACAUGCACUCAGGUAAGCGUCCUUGAUUACAAAACAUGGAGCACAAUACCUAGACCUUAAAACAUUCAGGAAUGCAUUUCAUGAUUCUGCCCUUCCUCCCAUAGACUCAGGGUUGUGUACAUGGUCCUGCUUCUCCCAUUUUAUUUUGUUAACAUCCCUGUGAGAUAAGACAGCUAAAAGAGCUGGAGCUCACCCAGUGAGCUUCAAGGCUGGAGAGUGUUUUAAACCCAGGUCCAAGUACAACACCCUAGCCACACUAUGCCAUACUAAGGGAACAGUUGAAUCUAGGAGUCAUUCAUAUGUGCCUUCUCCUUUCCUAUUUGCAUAGUCUUGAUCCCAGUGCUAACAGUUGAUGGCUUCCUUAGGCUCUUCUCUCAGCUUUCAUUCACUUAAAGCUGCUAUGCAGUCAGUCUGGGAAAGAUAACAAGAGGCCUGCCAUCCCCCACCCCACCCCCAAGCUGUGGGAGCUUGAGGUUGCAGGAUUUAGUCGACCCUUGCUUAGUAUAAUGAAGGUAUAAUGUAAUCAAAACAAAUAAAGAAGGCUGGGAAAUGCUUAUAUUAAGCGCCAGCCCUUAUGCCUGAACUCUGUUUUGUGGUUUUCGGUAUUGCAAAUAUAAAUUUGCUUAAUAAUACCAUGAAAUGCAAACACCUUUUAGACUGUCUUUUCUAAUGCAUUUGUGUCACUGUUUCAGUUCACUGGAUGAAGCUCUCUAUCCUGGGUUGUUUCAGGAAAUUUGAUCUACUGCCCCCCUCCCAUUAAAAAGCUAAGAAUAGAACUUAGGUUCUUGGCCAUAUCCUCACCCCUACUGUAAUCAAGAUACCUGACUCUCUUCUUAAAUUGGAAUGCGUUUUGUGGUGAAAGCAGGGAGCUAUUUCUGGGAAGUGCAGGCAUGUGUGGUGAUUAAAAAAAACCAAAAACCCUCACCAAACUAUUUUUGUGCCCUCUAGGUGGCAGCAGCACUCCACAAUGCCAGCUGCCGCCCUGCAGCCAGGUUGCCUCUCUGGGCCGCUCUCUUCCUACUGAGACAAUCAUGUCGAGCCAGCACAGCCAUGCUCCCUUCUCCAGCAUCCAGCCCAUGGCUGAGCAUCAGCAGGUAAUUUCCUGGAAAUUCAUCCUUUUUGGGGGCUUCCCCCUGAAUCAGCUGUCUCCUCUUCAGACUGUAUGCUUGUAAAUACACAUAGCAGCACAGCCUGGCUCAGCUCCUUUCCCACUCUUCAACCUGUGGUCAUUCCAAGUAAAAUCUACAUGAGGCUGAUACAGGUGUGAUUCUCUGUUUUUAUUUAGCUCAUGUUAUAGAAACAAUGGCUAUUAGAUUUGAGGCUCUAAGUUCAGUCUCUAGUCAAGGCAUGCAGAGGGGAGUCAUUGUGGGAUGAAGCAAACCCCUAAUGCAAUUGCCACUGGAAUCAGCCAUGAUGUGUGGUGAGAGCCACUUAACCUGGGCCCAAGCAGUCAUCCUCACCUGGGCUGAUAGCAACCUCUUUCCUACACUGUGGGGGAAAUUAGAUGUGGGCUGCAGACUGAAUCUACUAAGUUUAAAAGGUUAGUAAUCUCAGCAUGACCCCUGCACUCACUCACUCUCUCUGUCUCCUGCAAACCUUCCACCUCCAAGUACAUAAAAGAAAACAGGGUUUUUAGUGGAAUAGAAUGAAGCCCUUGUCAAUCGCUGCUUCCUGCUGGCGGCUGGAACACAUGCUAUUAGCCCCAUCAUGGAACUAUUUCAAGCCCAUGACUUAUUCCCCCCCCCCCUUUUCUCCCACAGAUCAUGCCAGACCUGGCCAUCCUGCAGAGAAGAAUCCCACUCACUUUUCGGGACUCUGCCACAGCCCCACUGCGCAAGCUGUCUGUCGACCUUAUCAAAACUUACAAACAUAUCAAUGAGGUAAGAGGACCUUCUCUGUGGUGACAGCUUUGACCAGUUCCUUAAAGCAUUGGGAAUAGUGAUGAUUUAAACUUCUUUGCACUUCUUCUUCCUUCUGUGCUGCAUGUUGAUUCCUUAGCUCUUCUGCCCUGCCAGAGAGUUUAGUUUGCUUCCCCGGGCUGCUAUGGGGAGGUGCAAUUCCUCAUCUUAAAAGAAAGGUUCCUUGUAUUCUGUGCACUGACCCUGCGUUUCGCUGCCAGGUCUAUUAUGCUAAGAAGAAACGCCGAGCCCUGCAGGUGGCACCCGAGGACACAAGCACCAAAAAGGAACGGAAAGUGCACAACGAGGGCUACGAUGACGACAACUAUGAUUACAUUGUUCGCAACGGGGAGCGCUGGCUGGAACGCUAUGAAAUAGACUCGCUCAUUGGCAAGGGAUCCUUCGGACAGGUCAGAGGGCAGCCAGGAGAGAGACUUCUUCUGUAUCCACAUCUGUAACUACAUAGCAAGUUGCAGCCUGUGCUCUGGUGGUCAUUGGUCAGAACACUGCUCUAGGUUCUCCUUCCCCAGCAAAUGUGCCUUUGGCAAGAUCAAAAGGGAGCAUGCCCCGCAGUCACUGGAACACACAGCCUGUAAUCUUGCCAAAGGGAAAAGGCUGUAGUUCAUUGGUAGAGCAGAAGCUUAGUUUGCAGAAGGCCACAGGUUCAGUCUCUAGCAUAUCCAGGCAGGGCUGGAAAAGAUAACUAACUGAAACCUUGGAGAUCCUCUGCUAGUCAGUACAGACGAGAGAUAACCAACGUGGUAUCUUCCAGGCAUUAUUGAACGACAGCUCCCAUCAUCCAUGACCAUUGGCAGCACUGGCUGGGACUACAAUGAGAGUCCAACAACAUCUGGACAUCAUCACUUUGGUUGUCCUUGAUAUAGAAAGUAUAAGCCAGAUGGCUCAUUAGUGUGGUUUGGUAUAAGGCAGCUUGUUGGGUUCUGACCUGCUUUUAAGUAACGGGGGUUGACGUUUCAUUGCCAUCCUAAGCAAAGUUUUGCACGUGUACAUCACCCUGGCCUCUUUCUGAGGAAGAGCAAUAAAUAAAUAAGAUGGCCACUAUGUGUGUGGACGCUUGAAUGUUCCCCCUGCCCAGCAGCACUUUUGAUUUGGUGGUUCUCCCCAAAGUGAUUUCUUCUUGGCACCACUGUGAUAAGAUUAUACUGAUGUGUCUUUUUCUCCCUGCUAGGUGGUGAAGGCCUAUGACCAACAGGCUCAGGAGUGGGUGGCCAUAAAGAUAAUCAAGAACAAGAAGGCAUUUUUGAGCCAGGCUCAGAUUGAAUUGCGAUUGCUGGAACUGAUGAACCAGCAUGACACAGAGAUGAAAUACUACAUUGGUGAGAGUUUGCAGAGAUACAUUUUUGGAAUUAGUUGAGAAGUGUGAGUGGGUCAGCGAGAGCACUACUGGUGAGAUGCACAUUAAAUGAAGUCUCCAGUGCUUCAUUUAGAUUGGUGGCAACUUGUGGAAGGCUCUGCAUAAGUGAGUGACUGAUUAAAGGAAGGUCUGGAUAGUGUUUGAGAGACUGGUUGGGGCAUGAGUUGAAGUCGGUGGGGGUUCAGGUCAUUGGGAGAGAUUGGUUCAUCAUUUUGCUUGCAGAUAUGGUGCACUCAGUGACCUGUGGUCCAAGACUGUGGGAAAUGUUCAUGUGGGGUGCCUGGAGGUCAUAAUUAAAUGUCAGUGAGGUUCACAAGUGCUGGCUGCGGGGUGUUGUCAAAGCAUCAAUGGGGAGCUGCAGGAUUCUAGCAAUGCCGCCACCACACUUUCUCUCUCCACCCCACCUACAGUGCACUUGAAGCGGCAUUUCAUGUUCCGGAGCCAUUUGUGCCUGGUGUUUGAGUUGCUGUCCUACAACCUCUAUGACUUGCUCCGUAACACCAACUUCCGUGGCGUCUCUCUGAACCUCACACGCAAGUUUGCCCAGCAGCUGUGCACUGCAUUACUCUUCCUGGCAACACCUGAGCUCAGCAUCAUCCACUGUGACCUUAAGCCUGAGAACAUCCUGCUCUGCAACCCCAAGCGCAGUGCCAUCAAGAUUGUGGACUUUGGCAGCUCCUGCCAGCUGGGCCAGCGGGUGAGUGACCCCUUGCUGUGACCUCUCCAACUGCAGCCCCUCUCCCAGUGCCUGACCUGAGACCCUCCUAGUGGUCAACAUCAGAAGUUUGUAAUUGUCAGCUUGAACAGCUUCCCUCGUUUUCUUAGGACUUCUUCAGCUUGCUCUUGGCUAGAUGAGGGCCUUAGAAGGCACUGGACCACCUUAUUUGUCUUGGCCAAUAUUUGAAGCAAAGGGACUGAAAGAAGACAGACCCACCUGUUGUGACCUUCCAGUCCCCAGAGUGCAGCAGCUGAUCCUAUCUUUCCUUUUCUUCCCUGCAGAUCUACCAGUAUAUCCAGAGCCGAUUUUACCGCUCACCUGAAGUGCUACUGGGCAUGCCUUAUGACCUGGCAAUUGACAUGUGGUCCUUAGGUUGCAUCCUGGUGGAGAUGCACACAGGAGAGCCCCUCUUCAGUGGCGCCAAUGAGGUAGGUGGAAAGAGGACGAGCCAGGGGAGGGGAGGGGAGAUUAGCCCCUGGCUAUUAUGCUCCAAAGGACUUGGUGUAGCAGCUAGCUUUUAGCAAGGGCAGCUGUUGAACUUGCUGGGCAGAACCACCUAAUCGAGACAAAGAAUGCAGCAGCAACUUGGCUUGGCUUGGCUGGCAGGAGGAGUUGAAGUGUGUGGAGCUGCAUGAAUAGGUCCUUGGUUCAAGGAGACAAAUGAAUGGAUUUAGAAGGCCCUCAAAGAAACAAGGAGUGAGUUUGGAAAGCCAGGAAGAGCCAUGUGGGGCUGGGAACUAUCACCUUGUGUUCCUGAUUCUGUGCCUUUCCCUUGCAGGCCGAUCAGAUGAGCCGGAUUGUGGAGGUGUUGGGGCUGCCACCCCCUCACAUGUUGGAGCAGGCUCCCAAAGCUCGGAAGUACUUUGAAAAGCUGCCUGAGGGGGGCUGGGUCCUCCGGCGGGGCAAAGAUGGCAGGAAGGUAAUGCUUAGCACAGCUGUCCUAUCUUCAGCCCUUUCCUCCUCUGCAUUCCCUUUAAAAUGAGCCUGAGACAACAGAUGUUUUUAAGAUUAUCUGCACAGCACAAGAUUUUGAAUUGUCAGUUUUGCUAUUCACAUUUUGUGUUUUAGCAGGGGGUGGGGGUGGGACCUGUUGUGGUGUGCCACAAAAUGUUUCCAAUGACAUUUGAACUGUAUAUUGUUCUGGGACUUUGGUUUUGUAUCCAUCAUUUUCGGUUACUUCUAUGGCAAGGAGGUAGAAAAUAAUUUGUAUUGACUAAUCAACCUAAAGGCACAGACUCUGCCCUCAGACUUCCAGGCUAAGAGACUAGAAACCUCAAGGGAAGAGGGGGAAUGAUUUUGAGAAUGCAGGUGGGAAGACAUGAGUUUUUAAUACGCCUUGGAACAAGCAGAUGAGUUCUCUGUGAGGGCAGAAGCAGGCUCCCCCACAGUUGUUGCCCUUGUUUUCAUGGGUGAUUUGAAAUAGAUGGGGCAGGUAUCUUGCAAGUGUGUUAAGAUAACUAUCCUUUAACAUGAAUGGUGCAUGUGACAGAAACGCAUGGCACUCCUGGGCAGGAACAAGAAGCCCUGUGGUCCUUGCUUUUUGCAGAGAGUUAAGUCAACUCUUUUCUCCAAAUCUUUAGUAAAUAUUGACAGUGAUUUUUCUCUAAUUAAACACGUCAACUUCACAAUCCACAAGGACAUUGUUUCUGAUGGAGUUCCUUAGGUUUAGAAAUAUAAAAUAGCCUUGUCCUGUGUUGUGAUAAAAUGAAUUCUUUUCUACUUUCCAAAUACAAACUUGGCAUGACUGAUAAUGUUUCUGGCUUUACUGAGUACAGUAGCACAACACCCCACCUGGCUGAUACAGACCAUUCUCUAUCUUGCUGUAAGUAAAGUCUGCCUAACUAUACCGUUCCUUGGUGUCUUUCAGGACUACAAGGUUCCAGGGACACGGCGGCUGCACGAAGUGCUGGGGGUGGAGAGUGGAGGCCCAGGCGGGCGCCGUGCAGGGGAGCAGGGCCAUUCGCCUUCGGACUACCUGAAGUUCAAGGAUUUGGUGCUGCGCAUGCUGGACUAUGAACCCCGUAGCCGCAUCACCCCCUUCUACGCCCUGCAGCACAACUUCUUCAAGAAAACAGCCGACGAGGGCACCAACACAAGCGCCAGCACCUCACCCAGCCUGGGCACGGAGCACAGCCACUCCACCAGCACCACCAGUUCUGUGUCUAGUUCUGGUAGGUCCAUCUCUCCCUCCGCCUCCUUUCCGCUGCCAGCUCUAUCCUCAGUCAUCUCCAUUGCGUGAUCUGAUACUCUUCCACCUCCCCCCAUAGGAGGGUGUCGGUCUAGCUGUUCCUAGCAUCUCCUGCUCUGUGCCCAAAUGUUACCUUGUCCCCUGUUCUGCUCCUCUGACGCUGUGUACGUUUUUCCUCUCCUAUCAGGCGGCUCCAGUGGUUCUUCCAACGACAACCGCGGUUACCGUUACAGCAAUCGUUACUACGGCAGCAUGGGCACCGUGCAUGCAGACUGCGAGAUGCAGAGUCCUCAAGUACGUUGCCUGUCAGGCUCUGGCCUGUUUUGGCUCCCCGUGCCCUUUCUGUCGCCCCAGCCCUUAACAUGCUCAACCCCUCCAUUUCAUCUUUAACUGACCGUUUCCCUCUUUUUUGUUGUUGUGGUUGCAGGCGCCCCCUCAGCAGCAGAUGCGUCUCUGGGCCAGCGGCGACAACGAGAGUAUUCCUCACAUCUUACCUCACAAGCCCACGCCCAGCCAGGCCAUGCCAUGUUUCCCCCCGAGCGGGCACCCUCCAUACCAGCGCCCUCCACUCCCACUCUCCCCCCCGCUUCCCGAGGCCAUGGAGGUUUCUCUGGGCCCUCGCCAUCUGGACUGCAACCCCCCCGGGCUGGGCUCUUCCUCCUUGCACUUGGGCACCUCGGCCUUCCGGACUAGGACUGCUGGCGGCUCGCGCCCUGAGGGACUUGGCCUCAACUAUCCUCUCCGCGGGCGUGGGCACCGAGACACUGACGAGACUGCACUGAUGGGUGUCUGCGUGCCCCAGGGCACGGCUGCCAGCUCCUGAUGAUGGACUGGCCCGGCAGGCUAGGAGCCAGUGCCCAGCGAGAGCACUCCCUUGUUGCACCAGAGCCUGGACGGGCCAGGACUGACUGUAGGGCAGGGAACCAGUGCCCAGAGAGCACUUCUCCAUAGGUGAGAGUCUGAGUGGGCCAGGACUUGCGGUGGGAUGGGUCAGGUUGCCUGGCUGUGGCCAGUCUAGAGACCAGGUCCUGUUGCUACCUAGGACCUUGCUGCAACUGGUAAGCAUUGUUGGGGGGGGGGAGGGGAGGGGGGAGGGGGGAAUAGGACAGGGGGAAGCAUGUGGAGCCAGCAUCCUACCGCCCUUGCAGCCUGGAUGCCGCCUUCCCCCUUUCGGUCAGUGCUUUCUCUGACUUGUGUGGUCUUUCCUGGCCACAGCCCCUCUUGAAUCAUUCAGCGGCAUGUGGCCUGCCAGCCAUUCCCUUCCUUGGUGCAAGAGAUUUCAACAUUCUGUGCUUGGAUGGACAGUCAGACUUCUGUGCACUGCGUGGACUGAUGGGCUUGGUGGCCUAUGUGGUCCCAUGGGAAUUGCUGCUAAAAAAUUUUUCCCCUGCUUGGAAAUAAAGGGUUGCCCCAACCAGCGAAUGUUUAUGCUGACUCGUGUGCAGCCAUCUUGGACCUGC